AUGAAACCUAAUUCUGAGAUUCUUUUAUGUUAGAUGUACUAGCUGGGACCAGAUAAAUGGAAUUAUGUAGAUAUUGGUUAUACUCAUAUCAAUUCGAAGGUAAGAGGUUUAGAGUAGACAAUAAUAGAACGAAUUGAUUUUACUGCAGAAGGACACGAGUCAGGAAGUGAUAGUUGUUCCAAUAAAGUAGGAGAAUGAGUUUUGCUUUGAUUAAGGUAUGGAUAAAAUUUAAAGUGUAAUAGAAGAAGCAAUCUAAUUCCAUUGUGGUUAGGAUUAUGCCUUGAGUUUUCAGAGUAGAGAAGGAGCAAUGGGAGUUUGGGCUCGUAUUCAAAACAUUUUGGUGGAGAAUGAGGCUGAAGAUUAAGAUUCAAUAUCAUUGACACCCGUUUCUGAAACAAAUUUGGAGUCCAUUUUGGAUACAAUGAAUACCAUGAUAGCAUACGGUUCUCAAUCAAAGUAAAUGUUGUUGAGUUAUUUGAUCAAUAAGAAAGUAAAAAGUGAUAUUGAGUGUGAUAGGAAUAUUUCGAUAAGCUUAUAAAAUUGUUCCAAUAGUUGGAGAAGGACAGCAAUAUCAAUUUGUUAUAAACAAUGUGUUAGAUUGUGAAGAAUGUAUGAAUAUAUAUUGAUUGUGAUUAGAUAGUAACAGUGGCAGAACAUGAAUUAUUUUAAAUAAUCUUGAACGAUUAGAAUUAUUUAUUCAUUUUUGGUGCAUUAGAAUGUAUGUUAUUUGUAGAUUAAAUGUUAUUAGAUGAUACUGAGAUGAACAAGAAGAAUUUCGUGCCCCACCGUUAGUAUUUAGAGAAACAUGCGUAAUUCUUGCAAGUAGUCCAAAUAAAGAGUAAAGAGCGACUUAAAACCAUUCAUUUCAUAUAUCGGCUGCAGUACUUGCGCGAUUGUGGUUUGGCCUACUACAUCGACGAGUGCCAGUUGAUGUUCAUAAAGAUAGUUUUAACGUAAUCAAAAUCAUGAUAGAUUAUAAAGAGUUGUUAUGUUGACCUCUUUAAGUACAUCGAAAAUUCGAAGGAUUUUUUGAUAGAAGUCAUAGACAAAUUGAGAAAUUUCAAUUUCUUAGCUUUGAGAUUCCUUUGCGAGAUUUGUUCAGUCUUUAAAGAAUUUCCAGAUGUAUAACAUAGAUUCAUUAUUACUAGUUGAAUAAAGUAGUCAUCUAUUAGAAACUCAGUGAAUACGGAUUGUAUGAGAUAAUUGAAGAUUACAUGAACGAUUCUCUAAAGGGAUUUGAGAAGUACAAAGCCAAAUUAAAGAAACUCAAAUUGAAGAUAUCUGUAAUAUAUAUUCACAAUAUCAUUAAAGGAUGAUGUGUUUACUAAGAUACCAAAUAUGAUAUUAGAAUUGUUAAUAGUGUGUUUACAGCAUUGUCCCAACUAUUUCAGAUAAUAUGUUAUCAGUGAACAUCAAUAGGUUCUGAAAUAUCCAUUGUUCAACAUUAUUGUGGAGAAUGCUUUCUAAAAUGAAUUAUAUAUGGAGGCAUUGAAGUUGAUGAUCGACAAUAACUCAGAAGAGUAGAAUGAAACUAUGGAUUUAUUUUUACUGCAAUUCUAUCCAAAAAUCACAGCUUAAAUCUCACAUACAGCCAAUAAAGAAUACAAAUAGCAAUUUUUAGAGAUCACCUUAGGGUUGGUCAGAGCCAUGAAACCAUAGGUGAAGGAGGCAGUGAUAUUAAAUUAAGUGGCAUUGAAAGUGGGCUUUAUUUUGUAAGAAAACUAAAAGCUAUUGUAAACUAAGUGUUUGCAGAUAAUUAAACUGAUAUGUCUGUCUAGAGAUGAUGACAUCAACAAUGAGAUUAUAAUGAUAAUCCCUAAUUUAAUUAAUGUUAUUUUAGCAUAUAAGGGGUUGAGGGAAAACCUGAUAUUUUCUUAAUAAUUAGAAAUAAUAAAAAUAAUAUAUGAAGGGAUAAGUUAAAAAUUGAUUACAUCAUUAGUAAGAUUUUUAUUAAUAACUAAUAGGAAGAUGAAUUAAAGAGAAGAGAAAAUCAACCAAAUUAUCAAAGAAUACAUGAGAUUUUCAAGAAUCUAAAAAAUAAUUGCAUGAAAUAAUAAUUCAGUUCAUAACCGUAAUCAUAAAGCCAAAUGUAAUCGAGAUACAAUGUGGUAGUAGAUGAUGAGAUGGAUCUAUUCAUAUCAGUUCAGGGACACAGCAGCCCUCAUCUUGUUAAACAAUAAAAGAGGACUUAGGAUCAUGAGGAGGAGGUAGAUUUAAUAACUAAGAAAAUUAAGAUUGAUUGAAUUGAACAAUAUAACAUAGAACAACA